UAAAAGGAAAUAUUAGUCUGCCAAAGAAAUUUUCUAGAAAAAGUAGCAUAGUGAAAUCCUACUCAUUUAAUGGUAACUGAAAGAAGGAAUUUGUAUGGUGCAACUGCAAGCAAGCAGUGAGUGAUGAAGAUGAAAAGUGGUUUCCAUUUAAUGGAAGUGGUAGGCUUGGUAGCAUUUACAUUUUCUUUGAGGUGUGGCACUGCAAAGAUCAAAAGUCUUGUCUGUGUGGCUGUGAGGAAGGGAUGCUUUGCUUGAUGCUUGGAAAAACAAAACCAAAAGGCAUGAAGAUGUGAUGCCCAUUUUUAUAGUUUUAGUUUUAUCCACAAGCUUUUGUUUUGUGACUUAUAACUUUGUAACCUAUAAACCCACACAAGCUCAACCUCCACCACCACUCUCAUCAUCUCUUACUCUUUUUUCUUUUGUUUUCUUUGUCCAAGACAUUGGCUUUGGAGUCUGAGGUACAGUCUUGGAAGGAUUCACCACAUUCCUCACCACCCUUUGUGUCCUCCAACUUCUCUGCAAGAUUUCCUCGCUUUCUAGGCCCUUGUCUCACGGUACACGCAUCUGCCUCUAAAUCUUUGAGCUUUUCAUUCAUUUAUUUUUUGUUUCUUCGAAAUCUCAACAUGGGAAUCCGUGUUUUGGAUCAAGGCUUUGAUUCUUGAAACACAACUUGUCUUUCAAGUUAAACCUCCCAUCACUGCAGCAACACAUAUGUGUCUCACUCCAUCAUUGUUUGUAAUUAGUAUUGCUUCACGUUCACCACUUUUGUCAUCAAUAAAUCCACUCACCUCAUGCAAAGUGGUGUUAGUGUUGUUGUACUUUCUCAAUUAUUAUACUUGAUGUCUGAUUUUUCUCUUCAAACACAAUGGCUGUGAUAGUUCCACACUUAUCAUAAUGCCAUUCAGAAGCAUAGUGCGUGAGCUCAAGGAGAUUGGAGAGGGUAUCAGCAACAUGUAUAGAAGAGGGGGAGAGGGAAAGCAUGUGCAUCGCCAUGAGCCGGUGGGCUAACUUACCACCAGAGUUGCUUUUAGACAUAAUUCAAAGGUUGGAAGCCAGUGAAACCUCAUGGCCUGCACGUAGAGCACUUGUGGCAUGUUCCUCAGUUUGUAGGCUGUGGAGAGAGAUAACAAAGGAUGUGGUCAAGACACCAGAACAGUGUGGUUUGCUCACUUUUUCUAUAUCACUGAAGCAGCCUGGCCCAAGAGACUCACCAAUCCAGUGUUUUAUUAGGAGAGAAAGAGUGUCUUCAACAUAUUGUUUAUAUCUCGGCCUGAGCCCUGCACUUUCUGGUGAUAUGAGCAAACUGUUACUAGCAGCAAAGAAGAUUCGAAGGGCAACAUGUACAGAAUUUUUAAUAUCAUUGGUUGCUGAUGAUUUCUCUCGAUCAAGCAACACUUACAUUGGAAAGUUGAGGUCUAAUUUUCUUGGCACCAAGUUCAUGAUUCUGGAUGGCGACUCCCCACAUGAUUCUUCACUUCCAUUGAACUGCAAGUUGCAGCAAAGAGUCCAUCUGAAGCAGGUACUUCCCAAGGUUGCUGCUGCUGCUAACUACAAAGUAGCCACAGUAUCUUAUGAACUCAAUGUCCUCCGAACAAGAGGUCCAAGGCGAAUGCGGUGUACGAUGCACUUGAUACCCAUAUCUGCAAUCCAAGAAGGAGGAAGUGCUCCAACUCCUUUGAAGUUUACAAAUUAUCUUCAUGAGCAUGUAUCUACCAACACCACCACCUCAGAUUCAAAAGGAAGGAAGCCAGAAAUUGUUGAGUUUGACACAAAUGACACUGAAAAUACUCAAGAAUCAAGCCAGAGGGCAAGGGAACCAUUGGUUUUGAAAAACAAGGCCCCUAGAUGGCAUGAACAACUACAAUGCUGGUGCUUGAAUUUCAAGGGAAGGGUUACAGUGGCCUCUGUGAAGAACUUCCAGCUCGUGGCAGCUGCUGAACCAUGCCAAAAUGUUUCAGCUGCUGAACAAGAAAAAGUGAUACUACAAUUUGGAAAAAUUGGGAAGGACAUAUUCACCAUGGAUUACCGAUACCCCCUCUCAGCUUUUCAAGCCUUUGCAAUAUGUUUGAGCAGCUUUGACACAAAACCAGCUUGUGAAUGAUUGAUAUCACGACUUGUGCCUACACCAUUGUUGUCGUGUCACUCUUCCUUGAUAUAAAAUGUACAUAUUUUCGUAAGGAAGGAGAGAAGAAGCUGGAACAAACAGCUCUCAUUCUAAUGAGUACUUUAAUUCUGCAUGCACAAGUUUAAUUUGUGUAAUGCUAUCUAUUAGGAUUCAUGUUUAAUGGAAACUCUACUGUAAACAAGUUUGUUAACGUAA